AUGGAUGGGAUCGACGAUUGGGGGGGCACUGCUGGUGUACCGCCAGCAGAUCGUCCCAGUGGCUCGGGUUCCUCAAACAGUCGAGCUGCUACUGCUGCUGCAGGCAAUGCUGUCGCUGUCAGUGGUACCUCAGAAGUUGCCGAUGAUGGUGAAACCACAGAUAUUUGCCGGGUAUGCAGAAGCGCUGGUGAUAGUGCGCUGUAUUAUCCAUGCCUCUGUACGGGAAGCAUCAAAUAUGUACAUCAGGAUUGUCUCAUGGAAUGGCUCAAGUACAGCAAAAAGGAAGUUUGCGAACUGUGUAGCCAUAAGUAUUCGUUUCAACCAAUUUAUCGCUCAGAUAUGCCUCCAACUUUGCCACUCUCCGAAAUCAUUCGAGGAAUUGUACUCAAUAUGGGCCGCAUUUUGCGUUCCUGGGCAAUUUACACGCUUGUUUUGAUCGCUUGGUUAGGCGUUGUGCCGGUGACGGCAUGUCGCAUCUAUCGAAUGGUCUUCUCCGCUUCCUUUUCCAACAUUCUGUCAUUGCCUUUUCAGCUGUUUGUGCUCGAUAAUCUUCUUGGCGAUUGUAUUAAAGGUUGCUUUAUUGUUUCAAUUUUUCUGUGUGCGUUUAUUUCACUUGUAUGGCUACGAGAGCAAAUAAUCCAUGGCGGCCCACGGGAGUGGCUGAAUAUUGAGGAUGGUGCUGCCGAUGCGAACAAUCCUGAAAAUGGCGGCGAUGAAAACAGAGAUGCUUUGGCAGGUGACGACAGGAUGGACGAAGUGGAUUUGGAUGGGCACGGCCAUGACGGGGAGCCGGAACAGGAGGGUGGAGCG